AGAGAAGACGCUUAACCACCGAAACCGUAGAGGGUACGGCCCUGGCGCUUGAGUGCGUAGACGACGUCGAGGGAGGUGACGGUCUUGCGCUUGGCGUGCUCGGUGUAGGUGACGGCAUCGCGGAUGACGCUCUCAAGGAAAGUCUUCAGGACACCACGAGUCUCUUCGUAGAUCACUGCAGGGGCCUUAGUAUUGCUUUACUGCGACGGCGAGGUGAAGGCAACUUACUGGCAGAAAUACGCUUCACACCACCACGACGCGCGAGACGGCGGAUAGCGGGCUUGGUGAUACCCUGGAUGUUGUCACGCAAGAUCUUGCGGUGACGCUUGGCUCCUCCCUUGCCGAGGCCCUUGCCGCCCUUUCCGCCUAGACAAUGUUAGCAUAGUGUUUGGGAAAGAGGAUAGUAUGGUGGUGCUGUCGACAGGCAGUGCAGUGCAGGGCUGUUGUUGUGAUGCGCAUUGCCGAAGUGGGGUGGACGCGUUGAGGCUUAGUAACACCAAGCGCGACGCCGUGAUGCAGCGUCGGCGACAGCGACAACAACAACAACAGCGAUGCACGACGCCACGACGACAGAAGAAGGAGGUAGAGGGCGUACUUACGUCCAGUCAUGUUGCUAGAAGGUUAGUUGGAUGGAGAUUGGAUGAAAAGUAGUUGUAGACGCUGGUGCGCGUGGUUGACAGUGGCUGCUAGAAAUGGGUGGGCGUGGAGAGAAUCAAAAGAGGGUUUUAAGAAGUGGGCGUUGGCUAUUUAUGUGAGGGCGGCUGCCUACAAGAUCAUGCGCUAGUGGAGGAAGGAGCGCUGCUUGGAAAAUCAAUUUCAAGUUGCUGCUUUCCAGCAUCGUUAAGCACAAGGCGCGCUGACACCGCUGGGUGCGACAGUGGCCGGCAAGAUCACAUUUGAGCGCACAGGCCAGUUUCGAACUUCGAAACUCGGACGGUCCAUCGCC